CACCCACCACGAAGAGACAAAAAAAUUCGAGCUUUGUUGUGACGGCGAGUCGCAAAAAGAAAUUCGCUCCCAAAUUUAUUCUAAAUUAUUGUGGUAAAAAGUAUGCGACAAUUGCACCGAUUCGGCAAAAAUGGUCUCCUGCUCGUGUAUUUGUGCUUCGCCUUCAUCAACGCCGUGGCCGGGCUCCGGAAGUACACCAAACAGGACAUGAUCCGAUUACGGGAAGAAGUCCGGGCCAUGUUCCAGCACGCCUACGAUGGGUACCUGCGCUAUGCGAGCAAGUACGACGAACUGCGGCCGCUGUCGUGCGACGGGGUGGACACCUGGGGCAGCUACUCGCUGACGCUGAUCGACGCGCUGGACACGCUGGCCGUGAUGGGUAACUAUUCGGAGUUCCGGCGGGUGGUUGGCCUGCUGGAGCGGAAGUCAUUCGAUAGCGAUAUUAAUGUGUCGGUGUUCGAGACGAAUAUCCGGAUCGUGGGAGGGCUGAUCAGUGCGCACAUGAUGAGUCACAAGGCCGGGGUGGAACUGGAACCGGGUUGGCCUUGUAAUGGACCGCUGUUGAGAUUGGCGGAGGAUGUGGCGCGGAGAUUGUUGCCGGCGUUCGACACGCGGACAGGGAUGCCUUACGGGACGGUUAACUUGAAGUAUGGAGUUCCGUACGGGGAAACGAGUGUGACCUGUACGGCUGGGAUUGGGACGUUCAUCGUGGAGUUUGGGGCGUUGAGUCGGUUGACUGGGGAUCCGAUCUACGAGGAAGUUGCUUUGAAUGCGUUGUACGGGUUAUACAAUCAUCGGUCAUCGAUUGGGCUGUUCGGGAAUCACAUAGAUGUCCAGACAGGUCGGUGGACGGCACAGGACGCCGGCAUUGGAGCGGGAGUUGAUUCCUAUUACGAGUAUCUGGUCAAAGGGGCCAUCAUGCUGAACAAGCCUGAUCUGAUGCAUAUGUUCAACGAAGGCCGAAAGGCGAUCGAUAAGUAUCUGAAACGUGACGAUUGGCACGUUUGGGUCAGUAUGAACAAGGGUCAGGUGACGCUCCCGGUGUUCCAAUCGCUGGAGGCCUAUUGGCCAGGAGUGCUGAGCUUGUUCGGAGAUACGAGCGUGGCAAUGAAGACUCUGCACAACUACCACACCGUUUGGAAACAGUACGGAUUCCUGCCGGAAUUCUACAACAUUCCCAACGCCGAAGCCGGAGCUAAUCGGGAGAAUUAUCCUUUGCGGCCGGAACUGAUCGAAUCGGUCAUGUAUCUGUACAGGGCAACCGGUGAUCCCUAUUUGCUGGAAGUGGGAGAGGACAUUCUCAGAAGCAUAGAAUACAGCGCCAAGACGCCUUGCGGUUAUGCGACGAUCAAGAACGUCCGAGAUCACCACAAGGAAGAUCGAAUGGAGUCGUUCUUCCUGGCGGAAACGACCAAAUAUCUCUACCUGCUAUUCGAUCCGGACAAUUUCAUCCACAAUGAUGGCCGCGUGGGAACCGUCAUCAAUACAACCUACGGCGAGUGCAUAAUCGAUGCCGGAGGCUAUAUCUUCAACACCGAAGCCCAUCCGAUUGAUCCGGCCAUGCUGCGAUGUUGCCACGAACUUCCGCAGCAGAAUCUCUUUGCCGACUUCAGCCCCGAGAAAUACGCCGGAGAUCGAUUGGAUCUGAGUAGAACCCGAGAGGGCAAUGGAGCAGACCUGAAAGCCCCGGAGGAACCCAAAGCUGAGAACAUAUCUGUGGUGGAUGCUCAACUGGAAGAAGGCAUCCCCGCCGCUGUAUUGGAAGAACUUGGCGCCAAAUUGGCCGAAGCCCGUCAGGCUCUAACCAAGAAACGCCUCGAGGAAGCCUUCAACCGAGCCAAAGAAUCGCUCCUCAACCAGCAGAACGAGUCCACUCCAAAAAAGGACAUCAAUAGAACCACCAACGACGAUAGCUUGAUAGUUCCGGUGGAACCGGUCGCUCCCACGCCAACCGUUGCCGCCGACGAUCCAGAGCGGAUGACCACGAUAAAGCUGACUCCCUCGGCCCGCGAUCCGGACGACAAGAGUUCAACGGCACAAGUCAAGCUGAACGAGAGCCAGCGCGAACAGCAGGAUCUUCCGGAAGCACCGGAACAAUCUGCACCACAACCUACGACAGCACCCCCAGCGGAAGAUGACGACAACGAGGACGAAGAUCUCCACUCGGCAAAGAAAUUCUUCUCCGAGAACAGUUCCGUCGGCAGUGGGGACGACGAUGGCAUGGAAGCGAUUCCGCCCACCGUGGACGCUGAACAUCUCCCGGAAUCGCAACCGUCCGUCCUGAACAACACCAUCACCGAGUUCGUGCAGAACAUGUUCAAAACCAAGGUGUACCAGAAGACCAAGUUCGAUCCGCACGCACUGCUCGAAAAAGUGAAGGAGGCAGGGCACCUGCGGAACAGUUCCUGGGCCAGCAACUACGGGUUGCUCACGUGCAAGGCGCAGCCGUUCCUGCAGAGGAUAACGCUGCUGGGGGAGUUUUUCUAAGAUGGGUGAAAAUUAAAAGUACACAAGUCUGAUUCGUUCCAAA